UAAUUCAUAAAUUUAAUUUAUUAUAUCUAAAAUGAACUGAUAAACUUUGUUUACAAAGGUUGUAAAAUAAAUUAUUUGCAAAAUUAAUAAAAUGAUAAAAUAUAUAGUUUCAAAAUUUAGAAAAAUAGAAGAUUAAAAAAAUGUUGGUGAUUCAAAUGUAGUCUAAUUAAAAAAAAAAAUCAACAAAAAUAUCUCUUAUUUUCUUAAUAAAAGGUUUUAAUAUUUGCAGUAUGUAAGUGUUUUGUUGCCCGAAAAACAGACAGGAUGAGAGGAAGGCGAAUACCUUUACCAUUACCCAAUACGGGUGCUAUGUACAGAAGAAAAAAUUCAUUAUGCAUCCGCGCUAUUUUAUUAAUUUUUAUAAUGCUCUUUGUAAUUCUACAAUUACAUUUAUUUAAUUAUACCGAAGUUCAUGAUAAUACAUUAGUAGAUACAACAAAUGACACAGCUGCUGCCAUUUUAUCUAUGGUGCCAUCAGUUUUCCAUAAAUUUUUAGCACAUAAAAGCAGAAAUCAAACUUAUGGCCAUGGGAAUGGUACACAAAAUGGAUUUGUUGAAUUAUACCAUCCACCCAACAUUUCUGAGAUUAAGAAAAUGAUUGCCAAAUAUAAUGAAUUGCAAAUAGUUUUAAAUGAAGACAUUUUUGGCCCACUUCAAAAUGAUUCUGUGAUAAUUGUUGUGCAGGUGCACACACGAAUAACAUACCUUAAGCAUUUGAUUGUGAGUUUGGCACAAGCUCGAGAUAUUUCUCGAACUUUAUUAGUAUUUUCGCAUGAUUACUACGAUGAAGAUAUAAACGAUCUAAUACAAACAAUAGAUUUUUGCAAAGUAAUGCAAAUAUUUUACCCUUACUCAAUUCAAACACAUCCUCAUGAGUUUCCUGGUGUUGAUCCUGGUGAUUGCGCAAGAGACAUGAAAAAAGAACAGGCACUUAUUAAAAAGUGUAAUAAUGCACAACAUCCAGAUUUAUAUGGCCAUUAUAGAGAAGCAGCAUUUACACAAACUAAACAUCACUGGUGGUGGAAGGCAAAUCGUGUUUUUGAUCAAUUAGAAAUAACUCGAUGUCACACAGGCUUGGUGCUAUUUUUAGAAGAAGAUCAUUAUGUGGCUGAAGAUUUUCUUUAUUUGCUAGAAUUGAUGCAAAAACGUGCUUUACAAUUAUGUCAAAAUUGUAACAUAUUAUCUUUAGGAACAUAUUUAAAAACUUUUAAUUAUUACACUUACAAUAGUAAGAAUAAAAAUAAAGCUUAUUAUGGUCAAUAUACUGGUUCAAGUGCAUCUAACAACAUAUUAGGAAAUUAUGGUAAUAAAUUAAAAACUUAUCAAAAUCAAAAUUCCUUUCAUCUUGAUCGAAAAAACAAACCAACUUCAAAUGAAUUAAAGAAUUCGAAUAAUGUGGCACAGCAAACUUGGAGUUAUCAUGUAUUACCAUCAUUAUAUUCUGUUUAUCAAAAGGUUGAAGUUAUGCCUUGGAUAAGCAGCAAACAUAAUAUGGGAUUUGCAUUUAAUAAAAAUACUUGGCAAUCGAUACGUAAUUGUGCUAUACAUUUUUGUAAUUAUGAUGAUUACAAUUGGGAUUGGUCCUUACAGCAUUUAUCGCAACAAUGUUUGAAAAACAAAUUACGUGCUAUGAUAGUUAAGGGACCAAGAGUUUUUCAUAUUGGUGAAUGUGGAGUUCAUCAUAAAAAGAAAAACUGUGAAUCAAAUCAGGUUAUAUCAAAAGUUCAACAAGUUUUAAGAAUUGCUAAAAACUCUGGUCAAAUGUUCCCGAAAAGUUUAACUUUAACUGUAGCCAGUUUAAUAAAACGAACGAAAUUACGUAAAGGGAACGGCGGUUGGGGUGAUGAACGUGAUCAUGAAUUAUGUUUAAAUUUUACUAGGGUAAAUAGAUAAAUUCAUUUGUAAUUCAACUAACUUAAUAAAUUUUAAAUCGAAAAAAAAAAAAUUAUUUAUUAUAAAAAUUAAAACAAAAAUAAAAUAACGAAGAAAAAAAAGAAGUAUUAAAAAAAAACAAAAAUGGAAAAUCAAUGCACAUUUAUUAAAAACUAAAUUUUGAAUAAAAAGCAAAGAAAUGUACAUAUACAUAUUAAAUAUAAACAAAAAAAAAAUAGUCCAAUAGAAAACACAUUUCUUUUGUAUAAUAUACAAUUAUAAUAAAUAAAUUAAAUUUUAUAGUAAAUAUAAAAACUAAAAAAAAAUAAAUGUAAGUUACACUUAAUAAAGACAUUAAAGAAAUGCUUUAUACAAUAUAAUUAUAUAAAAUUUAACUUUUGUAACAAGUAAUUGCACUUUUUGAAUAUAAAAAAAAUGGGUAAAAUAUAAAUUUGUCACUUCAGGUAUUUUUCUAGUUUUUUGUCCAAAUGUAAUUAAGCAUUUGUUUUAAAAUUUGAUAUAUUCUAAAAUAUAAAAUUAAUAAGUUUUUUUUUACUUUUACGUUUACUUUUAGUUAGUAAUGAUAAUUCCUUCCAAAAUACAAAAAACAGAAUUGAAUUCUAAACAUGAUGUAUAAAAAUUAUAAAUAUUUGAAUGUCGAUUUUCUAAAACACUACUUAAUACUUAAUUUUUUUAUUUGUAUAAUUAUAUUAGACUAUAAUGAUAUAUGUAAUUAAUAUAAUUUAAAAAAAAAAUUGUAUUACCAAAAAGUUCAACCUCGUUUAUUUUAUAUAAUAUUAUGUAUUUUUAGUAAAAAUAAUCUGUUUGUUAUGGUUUUUUUGUUUAUAUAUGUAUAUAUAUCGCGAUUUUUAUUUUUUUAAAAUUGAAUAUAAGACUCUUUUGAAACGACUACCUUUAAAAAAAAAAUAAAGCGCCCCGAAAAUUCAAAAAGUGCAAUUAUUAGAGUUUCAAAAAUCAUUUAAUAAAUUCAUAGAAGCACAAAUUAUUAGCAAAUUGUUGUAAAAAGUAAAUAACGUUUAUGUAAGCCUAAUUUUAUAUAAUAUUUUACCAAAAACAAAAAAAAAUAUCUCCAAAAAAUUCUAAUAUAAUUUUAAUAAUAUAUUUUCUCGACUAUAGAUAAGAUAUAAAAAAUAGUUAGAAGAAUUUUAUUUUUAUAUUUUUAAAAUUGAAAAUACCACAAAGUUAGCGCGAGAAAAAAAGCAAAAAAAAAUAAAAAUUUUCAAAACGGAUAUUAAAAAUAUUUUAUGUUGUUUAUUCAAAACACAAUUAAUUAGAUAUAUUAUUCCACCUAUAAAAAGAAAGCAGGACAUCUUGAAUAGAAAAUUAAGGAAAACUAAAGAAAAAAUUUUAAUUGAAUAUAUAUGAAUGGAAGUUUUGGUUAAUUUUAGAUUUUUUUGUUUAAUAAUGACAUCACCACUUUUUUUUUAAUCUAAAAAUUUUGAAUGAAUUCAAAAAUUUCUGGGUAUAAGAUAUUUGUAAAAAAGCUUUUUUCUUACUAUUUCAUUACGAAUAUUAAGAUCACAAAAAUAAGUUUUUAUUCUAAGUUUUUAAUUACCAUAUUUUACCAAUUAUUUAAAAGUAAAGUAAAAGUCCUAUAAAACUGCUGCGCAGAAUUUUAUUUUAUUUAUAUUUUUACGAUAUUUCUAAAUUUUUUAAAAUAUUAAAAUUUUUAAAAUUAUU